UGCGCGUCCCCGAGAGAGCGGCUCGCGUUUGAGGCUGCGCGCGCCCGAGCUUUACCGGAGAUGAGCGCGUGCCGCGGAGAGUCCAUUCAGUCUCAGCGCGGGACAGAGACCGUCACGGUACCGGACCGGAGCAGGAGCGCGCGGGGGCUAUCAGUGUUUACAGUGUGUCUGUUAGCCGCUGCUGUCCUGAUCGUGUGUGAGGGCGGGACUAAACUAACAAGGCCGUGAUGGACAGGCUGAGAGACGGCCCAUUGGCCCUGCUGCUGCUCUUCCUGGGUCAUGUGAUCACGGCGCUGGAGGUUCCUCUGGACCCUAAACUUCUGGAAGAGCUGCCGCAGCCUCCCACAAUCACCCAUCAGUCACCGAAGGACUUCAUCAUAGAUCCGCGCGAGGAUAUCGUCAUCCACUGCGAGGCCAAAGGGAAACCCCAUCCCAGCUUCAGCUGGACCAGGAACGGGACGCAUUUGGACAUCGAUGAGGAUCCUAAAGUCCUGAUGAAGCCCCGCUCAGGGACGCUGGUGCUGGACAUCAGCGGAGGACAGCGGGCCGAGGAGUACGAGGGCGUCUAUCAGUGCUCCGCUCACAACGAGCUCGGCACCGCCGUCUCCAACAGCAUCAUCCUCCGCCAGUCCAGAUCUCCUCUGUGGUCUAAAGAGAGAAUCAGUCCAAUCAUUGCACAGAAGGGACAGUCUUUAAUUCUGCGCUGCCGCCCCCCCGCCGGCCUCCCGCCGCCCAUCAUAUUCUGGAUGGACAACAAUUUCCAGCGUCUGCCGCAGAGCCGGCGUGUGUCUCAGGCUCUGAACGGAGAUCUCUUCUUCUCCAACAUUCUGCCGGAGGACUCCAGGAGCGACUACAUCUGCUACGCCCGCUUCCCGCACACGCAGACCAUCCAGCAGAAGCAGCCCAUCAGUGUCCGCGUGCUCGACAAUAAACCCGUGGAUGAGCGAGAGCCCGUCUUCAUGGUUCCCAGCGAGUCGGUCAGCUCUACAGUGGUUCUGAGAGGGGAGAUUCUGGAGAUGGAGUGCAUCGCUGAUGGCCUCCCCACUCCUGCGAUCUCAUGGGUUAAACACAACAGUGAGAUUCCCAGCGGACGAGCUUCCUUCCUGAACUUCAGUAAGACUCUGCGGAUCACAGACGUGUCGGAGGCGGAUGCUGGAGAAUAUCGCUGCAUCGCCAACAAUCACCACGGAUCUGUUCACCACACCAUCAGAGUCACGGUUAACGGUGAGCACACAGUCCUGUACAAUUUAACCACACCAUCAGACGGCGUUCUGGCCCCAAGGGAGAUGGGCAUCAUCACGUGCCGGGCCGCAGGACACCCCAAACCCAGCAUCUGCUGGCUCAUGAACGGACUGCCGAUCGAGAACGCUCCCAGAGACCCCAGCAGGAGUGUGGAAGGAGACACCCUCAUAUUCUCCGAGGUCCAGACGGGCUCCAGUGCUGUUUACCAGUGUAACGCCUCGAACGAAUACGGAUACUUACUGUCCAACGCAUUCGUCAACGUACUGGGUGAGAGAAUAAGAAAUAAACACGUAUGUUCACAGGAGAAUAAUGCUUCAUCCCAAAGACGGAAGAAAAAAACCACAGUGCAUGAUGGGAUUGUCUUCACCAGGUUUAAGGACAGCAUGUUGGAGGGAAAUGCUUAUGUCUUCCAUGAGAACGGAACGCUGGAGAUCCACAAGUCUCACCGCUCGAACAGCGGGAAAUACACCUGCGUGGCCAGGAACAGCCUCGGCCUCUCGGAGAACCACGUCUACCUGGAGGUCAAAGAGCCCACGAGGAUCCUGAGGCCGCCGGAGUACCGGGAGGUCCAGAGGAGCCGGGACGUGGUGUUCGAGUGUAAAGCCAAGCACGACCCGUCCCUCGUGCCCACCAUGACCUGGCUGAAGGACGACGGAGAGCUGCCUGAUGAUGAGAGGUUUAGAGUGGACUCGGACAGUCUGACCAUCACAGACGUCACAGAGAGCGACGCGGGGACGUACACGUGUAUCAUGAACACCACGCUGGACCAGGACUCGGCCAGCGCUCAGCUCACAGUGGUCGAGGCCCUGCCCACUCCCGCGGUGAUCCACGAGCAGCCAGGAGCACCGACCGAUCUGGAGCUAACGGACCUGGUAGCGAGAAGCGUUCAGCUCACCUGGACACCUGGAGAGGAACACAACAGCCGUAUCAAGAAGUUCCUGAUCCAGUAUGAGGACGCUCUACAUCAGAGCGGCGUGUGGCACAAUCUGACAGAGGUUCCUGGAACCAAGACCACGGCUCACCUGAAGCUCUCUCCGUAUGUCCACUACAGCUUCAGAGUGCUGGCACUCAAUAACGUGGGCUUCAGUCGUCCCAGCAUGCCCUCGCGCCAGUACAGGACCAGCCCCGCAGCUCCUGACGAGAACCCCACUGAGGUCAAAGGUCACGGCACUGAACACAAUAAUCUGGUCAUCACGUGGAAGCCUCUGACGCCUCAGCAGGCCAACGGUCCCGGCCUGCAGUAUAAGGUCAUGUGGCGUCAGCAGGCCAUCGAGACGUACUGGACGUCGGUCAGCGUGGCUAAUGUCUCUAAAUUCGUGGUGUCAGGGACACCCACAUUCGUGCCGUAUGAGGUGAUGGUUCAGGCACUGAACGAUUACGGUCCUGGACCCAAACCUGGCGCUGUGAUCGGAUACUCCGGAGAGGACUUUCCGUCGGCAGCUCCGGGUGACGUGCGAGUCCUGGUGUUGAACAGCACGCUAGCAGAGGUGCGCUGGAGCCCUGUUCCACUCGAAUCCGUGCGCGGGAGGCUCCAGGGCUAUAAGGUGCAUUACCAUCGUGAGCGCAGUUUACACCAACACAGCUCUCAUUACAACAAACAGAGUACUGAGAUCUUCAGCCCCAACAAAACCAGUGGGAAACUGCCAGACCUGCUGCCGUACAGCAUCUAUAGCCUGCGUGUGACGGCCUUCAACGGCCGAGGAGAAGGUCCCACCAGUGCCGCGCAGCGCUUCGAGACGCCCGAAGGCGUUCCAAGCGCGCCGUCCUUCUUCAAGGUUUCUACUUUCGAUCUGGACUCUCUGAUGCUAGAAUGGGGACCACCUUAUGAAAGGAAUGGCCAUCUGACUGGAUACACCUUCAAAUAUCAGACCGUCAACAGCAAAAAUGAUUUGGGUCUGCUGGAGGAGCUGGAUCUGCCGUCCAAUCAGAGCAGCUUCACGCUGCACAACCUCCCUCACAGCACACGCUACAAGUUUUAUAUCAGUGCCAGAACACAGAGAGGAGCCGGUCCCAUGCUCACCGAGGAGGCCGUCACUGUCCUAGACAGAGUGCCGCCGGUUGCGCCUGCGUUUGGGAAUGUCAGCUCGUCCAUGAGCAAGGAUGGAGCGCUGAUCAGCUGGGAAUACUGGGGCCCCGAGAAACUCCUUUAUGUUGAAUAUAUUAUAGACAAAAGUGAUGAAGACUGGCACAAAGAGAAGGUCAACGGCUCUCAGUUCCACGUUCUUAAGGGUUUGAAGAAAGGUUUGGCCUACAAGGUGCGUGUGGUGGCCCGGGGUCAUGAUGACCGAGCGGUUCAUCACUCUGAGGAGCUGUUGGUUAAGGUCUCAGCGAUGGUGAGUCCGCAGGUGGACAUCGCCACUCAGGGCUGGUUCAUCGGUCUGAUGUCGGCCAUCGCUCUGCUCAUCCUCAUCCUGCUCAUUAUCUGCUUCAUCAAGAGGAACAAAGGUGGCAAAUAUCCAGUUAAAGAGAAGGAAGAUGCUCACGGAGACCCAGAGAUCCAGCCCAUGAAGGAGGAUGAUAUCACGUUUGGAGAGUACAGUGACGAGGACCAUAAACCGCUCAAAGGGAGCCGAACUCCGUCCGGCGGAACCGUUAAGCGUGACGGCAGCGACGACAGUUUAGUCGACUGCGGAGACUCUGGAGACACGGAGUUCAGUGAGGACGGCUCGUUUAUCGGACAGUAUAGCGGGAAGUCAGAUAGAGACACGACACACGACAGCUCCGAGCCGCCGUCUCCGGUGAACGCCAUGAACUCAUUCGUGUGAGAUCCGCUGAUUCUGAAGUGGACGCCACAUCACAUAUACAAUUUCAAUUAUGAUUUAUUUAAAGGAAUAGUUCACCCAAAAAAGAAAAUUUGCUGAAAAUGUAUUCACCCUCAAGCCGUCUGAGAUCAGGAUGAGUUUGUUUCUUCAUCAGGUUUGUAGAAAUGU